CCACCCCGCGUAUUCUUUGGUGGUGCUGAAAUUGUAGGAAGCACCUGUCCCCUUCUACGGUUCUACCGACGCUUCACACACAAGCUGACAAAAAACCCUAGCUUAUUCCAGAAGCGCUUUUCCCAGAAGCUCAUACGGUUUCAGUUCAGAGAGUGGUAGAUUUGCAUUGGGAAGUCGGGAAAUGGGAUCUGGCACCGGCAGCUUCCUCAAAGUGCUUCUCAGGAACUUCGACGUUCUUGCUGGGCCUGUGGUUAGCCUUGUUUAUCCACUAUAUGCAUCGAUUCGAGCGAUAGAGACGCAGUCUCCGGCGGACGAUCGCCAAUGGCUGACUUACUGGAUUCUGUAUUCUAUGAUUACUCUGGUUGAACUCACCUUUGCCAAAGUCAUUGAGUGGAUUCCAAUCUGGUCUUACGCUAAGCUGAUUGCGACUUGUUGGUUGGUCUUCCCAUACACGAGUGGCGCUGCGUAUGUUUAUGAACAUUAUAUCCGACCUUUCUUUCUCAACCCACAUAAAGUUAACAUUUGGUAUGUUCCGGGGAAGAAGGAUGUAUUGGGUAAGGCAAACCAAGACGACGUUUUGGCUGUUGCGGAGAAAUACAUUGCAGAGAAUGGGAUUGAAGCAUUCGAGAAGAUCAUCCACAGGGCUGAUAACAACCAGAGGGGCAGGGCGAUCCGUCUUUGAUGAGGACCGUAAGUACUAUCGAGAAUAUUAGCCAUACGUUUCACUGCAUCUAGUCCCGCGGUCUUGUAAAGAAGACGAUGUUGGGCGUUACCUUUUCCAUAGCUGGUAGCGUAUCUGUAUCUUUCGGUUUUGUAAACGAUACUGAAUGUUUCUUGUUUACUAAUAAUGUUGUUAUCAUGGUUUGGCGA